AUGGUUCUGUCCCAUAGAACAGACAUAGGACAAUGGGAGACAUCGUCUGAUAGACCUUUGCGAGCAGACGAAUCUCAUCACUGCAUGCACGUUGAAGAGAAAUCAUCGACGCCAUCAGGGAAAACCCUAAUAACGCCAAAAGAGCAGGGAAAGCGGAAGAUGCCGAUUCUUAAACUUCAGCUCGACUACGUUCUGACGACGAACAUAUCUUUGCCAGAUAUCCGAAAAUCUAGAGCUGUCUGGGACAUCGCAUUCGAUUCCGACCACCGCCCAGUUCUUCUCAGCUUCAUAAUAUGGUUCCAGAAAAGAUAUUGGGAAGCUCAACACCAACCGAAGCCCGACAUGGCAGCUUUGAAAGACAAUGAAAGAUGGAUGCAUAAGGAAGUUGCGCCAACGAGUAUAAGCUGA